AUGGAGAAGUUCACUCCUGAAAGCUUUCAACCUCUGUGCGUGCUCAUCGAGGAGAAACUGGACGAGAUCUUGCGCAAGCUCACCACCCGCCACCAGGCCAAAACCGGCCUCAACGGACUUCACGCAAGCCCGGGCUUCCUUGGCACACUUUUAUCAUUCGUCUCCUCUGACAAUCAGCUGAUGCCCGCCUCACACCGCCGGCAUCUACCUCAAGAACUUCACCCGGGACUCCUACAACGGCCAGACCAGCCUCACAAAGACCGCCAACCAUCAGCCCAAUAUAUCCGAGCACAAUUGAGCCUUCCUCAAGCAGCUCAUCCUCCAUGCACUUGCCUCAAUCUGUUGCCCCAGACAGUCAAGCUCAUCAGCUCAAGUGACUUAUUGUUCCCGGUUCCCUCUAGUAUCAGCACCAACUUUCUGGAUGCGCUCUCCCAAUAUCCCGGCAAAAGUCUUGAAUGCCCUUGGUCCGCACGCCAUCUGCCAUCUGCCUUCCCCCUCAACCAUCACCUGAGCCUGCGACUCGCCCAGCGCCUUACUGCCAGCCGCCCACCACUCGGUGGCAACACAGGCCCGUCUACCAAGUCCCAGUCCUUCGACAUGCGUACUCUCAGCCGGCCCAUCCAUUGGCAUGUCUGCUUGGCCGCCAUUCUUCUCACACUCUCAGUUGCACAUCCCUCCGUCUCCAAGCCACACCAGCAGCAAGUUCUUGGCCAGCCGCUCAACCAUUGCGAGCCGCCGCCCAAUACUUCUGCUGGGCCAAAAGAUCCUAGCCCCAAUCCCAACAAUGAUCUUCUCCGGACCGCUCUCUCAGCCCAUCACCCACCCAACACCCAAUCAGGAUUCAGCCCCUCACCUCUACCUCAAUCAAUUGAACGGCUACCUCUGACCAACUUGGGCAACCUCACAGACCCCUUCGCAGGCCGACGGCCCAGGUCAGCUCCACCUGUAUCCAGCGUGGCCCUCUUCGCACCCCUCCCCAGUCCGCAUCCCUCACAUCCACAGCAACUCCUCUCCACACUUGCUGCUCAGCAGUACUGUUGUCGCAAAGAUCUCGCCCAAACCACUACCACCGCUGGUAGUAAUUGGGCCCCUGCCAAACCCGAGAUCAAUCUUGCCAAUUUUCUCUCUGGGGUCUUGAUGAGAGAAGCUGCCUUGCUUGAAUGGCUUUAA